AUGUGUCGAUGGGGAUGUGACAAUUAUGAAUCUACAUAUAUAUGUAAAUUUUGUGGUACACGCUAUUGUUCAAACUGUCUUCGUGGUGAUUUUUAUGGAUUAAUGAAAGCUCCUGAUCAUUGUCGUAAAUGCAAUCAAAUGAAAUGUCAAGGAAAACAUGUUGAAGUUGUUGUAUUUGCACCUGAUACUGAACCGAAAGCACCAGCAAAAUCUGGUAAAGGCAAAGAAUCAGCAGGCAAAAAAUCCAAAAAGGAGAAAUGA